GGAGCAACGAAACAGACCACGGGGGUCGCACGCGGGGUACCGAUACGCGUGUUACGGUGUGCGCGGAUAUCGUAAAUAAUUAUUUUUUUAAGCCCCGUCCCAAUCGUAAUCGCGGUUAAAAUCGAGAUCCUGCACGUAGCGUAGCGUGAUCAUCGUGUACGAUUUACUCACGAGGCCGGCUCGACUACCGAACUCUGUUAAAUAUGGCGAACAGUGUAGCACCAGAUUCAUGGGAACAGCAGGCGGACAAUGGGGACAUCGGCCCAUCGCAGGACAAGUCCAUCGAGAGCAAAUUCUCGACCCUGAACGUGAACGCCGCGGAAUUUGUGCCUUCAUUUUGCAUCCAUUCGUCACCGCAGGACAGUAACGCGGCCGACAGUUCCUGCAAUGUCGCUGUCAUGACGAACAGUGUAACCACCUCCAUGCCCCCUGAAAUACAUCAUGGCAAUGCCACUCCAGUGGUUCUACCAGAUCCAGUUGGCAGCCGUGUGGAGGAACCGCCUGCUGGAGGAGGGGCUCCACCUCCCAAUGUCGGUGAUCAAAUAAAUACAAGUCCUGAACAUCAACCAGCUGAUUCCUGGGAAGAAGCAGCAGUGGACGGAGAUCCUCUGUUAACUCCUGAAAAUGAAGAAGUUGACAAUGAGGAAGACGAGGAAAUGGUUGUUAAAGUACCUAAAAAGAAGCCUGUUAAAGUAACGGAGGACACUAAGAGUAAAAAGGAGCAUGUUAAUGUUGUUUUUAUAGGACACGUUGAUGCAGGAAAAUCAACGAUCGGUGGUCAAAUUAUGGCGCUGACGGGGAUGGUGGAUAAGAGAACUCUAGAGAAGUACGAGAGGGAAGCAAAGGAGAGAAGUAGGGAGACGUGGUAUUUGAGUUGGGCCCUAGACACAAAUCAAGAAGAACGGGAGAAGGGGAAGACGGUGGAAGUCGGUAGAGCGUAUUUUGAAACGGAACGAAAGCAUUUCACUAUCUUGGACGCACCUGGCCAUAAAAGUUUUGUACCGAAUAUGAUCGGUGGAGCGGCGCAAGCCGAUCUUGCGGUUUUAGUUAUCUCUGCACGGAAGGGCGAGUUCGAAACUGGCUUCGAUAGAGGUGGUCAGACGAGAGAGCAUGCUAUGCUGGCUAAAACCGCUGGCGUGAAACAUUUGGUUGUGUUAGUAAAUAAGAUGGAUGAUCCGACUGUAGAAUGGGAUGAAGGAAGGUACAAUGAAUGCAGAGACAAAAUACUGCCAUAUCUUCGAAAAUUGGGAUUCAACCCUGCAAAGGAUCUUACGUUCAUGCCAGUCUCGGGGCAGUUGGGUAUUGGCUUGAAAGACCCGAUACCAGAACACCUUUGUACGUGGUACAGUGGUCCACCGUUCAUAUCCUUCAUCGAUUCGUUACCUUCACUUAAUCGUAAGAACAACGGACCCUUCAUCAUGCCAAUUGUCGAUAAAUAUAAGGAUAUGGGAACAGUGGUAAUGGGCAAGGUAGAAGCUGGAGAGGCAAAGAAAGGACAGUCGCUACUUGUUAUGCCUAAUAGGACUGCAGUGACGGUAGAUCAGUUGUGGUCGGACGACGAGGAAGUAACAUCGGUUGGUCCAGGCGAGAAUGUAAAGAUUAAAUUAAAAGGCAUUGAAGAAGAAGACGUGAGUCCUGGAUUCGUAUUAUGUGACAGCAACAAUCCAAUAAAGACGGGAAGAGUGUUUGAUGCUCAAGUAGUCAUCUUGGAGCAUAAGAGUAUCAUCUGUGCCGGCUACAGUGCAGUGAUGCACAUCCAUUGUGCCGCGGAAGAAGUCAGAGUGAAGGCAUUGAUUUGUCUUGUUGAUAAAAAGACGGGCGAGAAAAGCAAAACCAGGCCAAGGUUCGUCAAACAGGACCAAGUGGCAAUAAUGAGAAUCGAAUGCGCAGGUGUUAUAUGCCUUGAAAGAUUUAAAUUGUUUCCACAGAUGGGACGUUUCACCCUCAGGGAUGAAAAUAAGACUAUCGCGAUUGGUAAGGUGCUGAAAGUGGUGGAAUAAAUGUUGCUCAACUGUGACCACAGAUUGGGAUUAUUAAUCAGUUUCGGAAACGACGAAUGAACAUACGCAGAAGAAGUACGCAAAGCUGAACACAGUACGCACGAGAAAAACGUAACCAGCGUGACGAACUAUUCGCAAACUACCGUUAAUUGUAACGUACACCGAUCUAUACGCAAAUGAAGCAGGCAAAAAAAAUACAAAAAGGAAAUAAGUUCUACGUCAAAUGGAAA